UCCUAAUGUAUGUUUUGUAAAAUUAUUUUUUUCCUGGUGGUAGGCGCAGGCAAACUUAAUUUAAAAACGCUAUAGGCCGUGUGAGGUGAAUUGUGCUCUUACUAAACUUCUGUCCUACGUAUUUCACUAAAUCCCACAUGUAGCAAAGUAACAUUAAAUCGAUGUUAAUUCUAACAUGCUUAGGCUAUUCAAACUGAAGGUAUUCUUAAGAUAAUUAAGGUGAUAUUAUUGUUAUUAUCGCACAGAAUGUAUUUGGACAAAGCUUUGAUUUUUUUUCAGAUAUCAGUAUUACUGUUUAUAUAUAUGGUCAAUUCAACUUCGAGCGUCUUCGGACUGAACCAUUACGCUGCACACAUGAAAAUAAAAUUUAUAUAUUUUUCUGUACGACAGUUAUUUCGAUGACAUGCAACAGACAAAUAAUAGUCUAAACGCAUUUCAGUAGUCCCAUUCCUGUUCUGGUGAUUUGUAUUAUAGGUUGUAGUAUAGUAUAAAUUGCUGCUGUUCAUGGGACGGGAGCAUUUUAUUACAAUACGCAGGAGCAAACGCAUCGAGGGGAAAUCCAGUUUAAUUUGAGACGUCAAAUCCAAGUUUGGAAAGACUCCAUGCCAAGAUUUUCCAAAGACACAUCUGCUGUUUCCAAGGUUUCCAAGGUACAGCGGUGAGGAGCUAUCGAUUUCGUUGCAGAGCAGAUAUUUAAGGCGUUUGGUGUAGGUAUAACCCAGAGGACGUCGGAGUGCCAGCGCGAUUGCUCGGGCGCAUCACUCCGUAUUCUGAGCCCAUUUACAGCCGCUCGUUCGCUCAGCUGCGUUUGCUCUUCGGGCUUUUUAAGAGGUUAUAUCAAAAAACCUAAUUGCCAUUUGAAAACAUAUCUCGGAAAUCGGUGAGAACUGAAUAGGCACCCGCCAACUCAAUCAACGCAUUAUCCCACGGAUAUUCGUCUAUAAAGCAGAGGGGAAAAUUCACUGAUUAAAAUCACGCAGCUGUUUGCAAUGCUUCACACCAAGACGUUCAUCUGGACAUUGAUAUUCUUCGGCGCUGCAGCUUCCUUGGAGGUGAAGGUCACCCCUUCCUACAGCGAAAUCAGCGUCGGACAGUCCAAGUUCUUCCUUUGUGAAGUCGACACCGACACACAGGAGAUUGACUGGUACCUGCCAAGCGGCGAGAAGAUAUCGCCCAACCGGCCGGACAUCAGCAUCACGCUCAGUGACAGGAUCUCCACGCUGAUCAUCUACAACGCCGACCUCGACAAGGCCGGCGUCUACAGAUGCGUGGCCAGAAGCGGGGACUCCGAGGCCCAGGGCACCAUCAACGUCACCAUCUUCCAACAGCUCGAAAUUAAAAAUGCGCCGUCCCCCCAGGAGUUCACGGAGGGCGACACGGCCAGCAUUGUGUGUGACGUGGUGGCCUCCCCCCCACCUGUGGUCACCUGGCGACACAAGGGCAUCAGGGUCAGGGCUGAGAACGACGUGCGAUAUAAGAUCCUGAAUAACAACCACCUGCAGAUCCGGGGCAUCAGGAAGAGCGAUGAAGGCACGUACGUGUGCGAGGGUCGGGUCAUGGUGCGGGGCGAGAUCAGCCUCAUGCCCGUUGAUGUCAUCGUUAAUGUCUUUCCGACUAUCAGGAUCCGGCAGGCGGAGGUGAACGCCACGGCGGACAUGAGCCAGCCCGUAAUCCUGGCCUGCGAUGCCGAUGGCUCCCCAGAGCCCACUGUCACCUGGACACGAAAUAAAAUCGUUCUUGAAAAUGGGAAUAAGUACAGCUUCAACGAGGAUGGCUCGGAGAUGACAAUCAAAGGCAUCAUCAAGCUGGACGAAAGCGAGUACGUGUGCACUGCCAGGAACAAGGCCGGCCAGCAGGAGAAGGAGAUUAGCCUCAAAGUAUUUGUGAAGCCUAAAAUCACAUACCUGGAGAACCUGACGACAUCCGAGCUGGAGGAGCAGGUGAUGCUGACCUGCGAGGCGCUGGGAGACCCCACGCCAACCAUCACGUGGAGCUUUGGGAGCCAUGUCUUCACCGAGGGGGAGUCGGAUCUUCAUAACAGGAUCUAUCAGGCUUCCUGGACUCGGCCCGAACAGCACAAGAGCGCGGACGGGCACGUGGUGGUCCGCAGCGAUGCCCGAGUAUCCUCCCUGACCUUGAAGACUGUCCAGUACAGUGACGCCGGGGAAUACCUGUGCACAGCACGCAAUGCUGUGGGCCAGGAAGCCGACGUUGCACACCUGGAAGUGCGCUACGCACCCAAAAUUCAGGGUGCGGUGACGGUGUACACCUGGGAGGGCAACAGCGCCAACAUCAGCUGCGAGGUGCUGGCCCACCCCGCGGCCUCUGUGGCCUGGUUCCGGGACGGCCUGCCCCUGCCCAGCUCCAACGGCACCAGUGUGCGGCUCUUCAGCACCGCCACGGCCAGCUACCUGGAGGUCACUCCUGAAUCCCAGAGUGAUUUUGGGAGCUAUAAUUGCACAGCGACAAACGCCAUAGGUACCGAAUCCAAGGAGUUUCUUCUCAUCCAGGCAGAGGUGCCGUCCAGCCCGUCGCUCACCAAGGUGGAAGCGUUUUCUGGGUCUGCCCGGCUGGAGUUCCAGGAGCCCGAAGCCGGCGGCGGCGUGCCCGUCCUGCGCUACCGGCUGGAGUGGAGGCAGGCAGGCAGGGGACGCUGGGACAGCAAGCUCUAUGAGGUCCUGGAGGCAGGGGGCCCUAGCGCGCUCACCAUCGGCGGCCUGAAGCCGGACACGCACUACGAGGUGAAGAUGUACGCCAUCAACGGCAAGGGCGAGGGGGACAGCAGCCAGUUGCUGGCGUUCGUGACAGAGCCAGUGCGGGAGCCCAGCGCCCCCAGGCUUGAAGCCCAGCUCCAGCCAGCUGGCAAUGCCCUCAGGGUGAGCUGGACCAAGCAGGACGAUGGGGGCUCUCCCAUCACGCACUACAUAGUCAGUUACAAAGCAAAGCUCGCGUCCAACUGGAGGCCCGAGAUACGCCUGCCCAGUGGCAGCGAGUUCGUGGUGCUGCACGGCCUGGACUGGAACACCGAGUACAAUGUUUAUGUGGUGGCCGAGAACCGGCGGGGCCAGUCGCAGCCCGCCACACUGGCUCUUCGCACCGCGCCCGCCCCCACGGCCGCCCCAGAUCCUCUGGAUAGUGGCAGACUGGGCACCGGGGCCGUUGCCGGGAUACUGGUGGUGGCCUUCGUGGUGCUCCUUGUCAUCGUGGACGUUGCCUGCUUCUUCAUUAACAAGUGCGGCCUACUGAUGUGUCUGGCGGCCAAUGUGUGUGGCAAGCAGGGGGCAGGCGCCAAGGGCAAAGACUUCGAAGGAGGAAUGGCAGCGUUUUCAAAGGAUGAGUCCAGGGAGCCCAUUGUGGAGGUUCGCACGGAGGAAGAGACGCAGAACCACGAUGGGGGCGUGCUGACGGAGCCCAGUGAGACCACUCCUCUGACAGACUCUGAGCGCGCCGUCGACAUCACCCCCACAGUGACAAACCUGCUGCCAUCGCCUGUCAUUAACUGCGACACGCCAGACUCGCUGCCCACCAGCGACAGCAUGACCCCGCUCGUCCCGCAGUCCAGCACGCCCAAAGCCACGGGCUGCCCUCGGACCGCCCCCAGAUACGUGACGUUGGUCGACCUGAGCGACGCCCCAACCGUGACGGCUCCCCCUACAGGCCGGCCCGCGGCGGCACAGCCUCCCCAGAAUGAGACGUCACAGAACCCCCCCGAGCCCAGCAGAGCACAAAGUAGCCUCACGUCCUCUCCAAAACAGAACUCCAUUCCAGAGAGCAGUCCCGUAGCAAAGUCCCAGUAGCCGGGAGACAGGCCCGAGGCGGAGGAAAUGGGGAGGAUGUCGAUGGGAGUCUCCCAGACGAAGCGACGGCGAGAGUGAAAACAAAACACACACAUAUACACAUAAAAACACUGCAGCCCCUGAUCAAGAAGUAGCCCUGCAUCUGACACACGAGCCCUUGCAGCAGUGUGUUUCUUAGCGCACCCGUUAAUUAGCGUAGCUUGGUCCGGGGCGGGGGGGAGAUGGGGCCCCCGUCGUUCACCUUACUGCUCCUUUUCUCACUGCAUUCAGAAGUCGCCGGACACUGAGGCCUCUCGGCCGACGGUGAGACAGAAUGGGUCUCCAGCGGUGCACAGCACACCUUUGUAAUGUCCGGCUGCUUUUACCAGGCCAGUCUCUGUAGGUUUCACCCGGAGAUUCUGAUCCAAAUUCCCAGCAUCGCAGCAAAACCAUAAUACCACUGGAACAGUAUUGUAUAUAGUUUCUCAGAUAUAUUUCGGUAACAUUCUGAGGAUCAUGCUGUACAUAGAUAUUAUUUUCGCCACUAAUAUGCUGCACGUUAUAUAUUUUUUUCUUAUGUUCAUUUUCAUUGCUCUUACUGUUAAUUAUAUUGAGGGCAAGAAUUUCAGGAAAAACGUAGGUACUUUACAGUAUAAGGAAGUUUCACAUAAAUGUUCACGUUGUUUACCGUCCUUUUUACUUGUUUAUGACAGACUUUACAUGUUUCAUGUUAACAUAAAGAAUAUGACAGUGACAGUAUUUUGCAGAGUUUCCUACUGCAUCUUAUGUCACAAGUAAUUUGGUUUAAAAAUAUUUAAGCAAAGCAAAAAAAAAAUGUUCAAGCUGCUUCUCGAUGUUUCACAUUUCUACUUUUCGCACCCUUUGCAAGCCACAGCUAAUUAUGAACGAUACAUUUUUUAUUUUAUUUUUUACCAGCUUGACCUUUGACCUUUGUAGGGACUACAGGGCACCUGAUUUGCAUUGGCCAGCAGGUGAGAUGGGGUGCGUUUCCAUCCAGCAAACCACGGAAAGCAAAGAGAAACAGCAGAAAAGAUCCCUAACAGAUUAUUAGAAAUUUAGAAAGUGGUCCCAGUUUCCUGAAAAACACAAAACAGCCUCCAUCCACAAUGGACCUGCAGUGCAGAGCGAGUCAGAGCACUGCUGCAGUGGACCUCUGUAUCCAUUGACCCUGCAGGCUGUGUGAGCAUCACUGCUAGCCUGAGAAGCUUGCGCUAGCGAGUCAGAGCACUGCUGCAGUGGACCUCUGUAUCCAUUGACCCUCCAGGCUGUGUGAGCAUCACUGCUAGCCUGAGAAGCUUGUGCUUGGUUGCCUUUGGAGACCGUAUUUGCUCUGCACCCAGCUUGUCAUGUGUGUCAUUACCACAGUAAUCCCCUAAAGCCCCCCCCCCUCCUCCCCCCUGUGGUAUUAUCCCCAUUAUCUGUUUGAUCCCACCAGUACCACCCCAGUAUACCACUGGCACCCCCUACUCGUGCAGUUUCCCUAAAUGCCAGUACAAGCGGUGCAUCACGUUGGCACAAGCAGGCCAGGGAGAUGCCACCAGUGCCCUUUCUGUGCCCCCUUCCUCCCUCGGGUUCUCUGCAUCCUUGUGAAGGUUAGCUGCUUCUGCCACACAAGAAAGUUGAGCUAAUAAAAGGAUAAAAGAUUUAUUUUUUGUAAGAACAAGAAAAUAAGGCAGCCGCAUUAUGGUUUGUACUUUAGAUUGACGCCACUGGUAGAUGUUGAGGUUCAGCUUAAAAGCGUUUUUGUUGUACAUUGUUGUUCUGUGUGCUGUGAUAUUGCAGGACAUUUUUAUAAUAAUAGGAAACAAGUGCUUUUAAUCAGCAACGCUGUCAUGGACAAAGAGCUUUUUCCGACGUUGUUCUUUCAGUAAUGUAAAAAGGAAAAGUGUUACAUUACAUUGAUGUGUUAGUAGUUCGUUUAUUUUGCCUGUUAUUGCCAUUAGUGUGGGACCAAGUUCUUUGUGAGUUUGCAAGAGCUAGUGUGUUGUGCUGCAAAAAUAUGUUCAGAAAGUUAGAAAUACUGUACAAGGGUUAAAAAAGGUGACAGAUGGUCUAAAUGUUAAUAGAAUAGGGGCCUUGGUCAAUGUUGAAGUGUACAAUGACAGCCUCAUUCUCAUUCUUACCCAGAAUUCCCUGCACUUGGGGCCUUUUCUUGUAUGUAUAUAUUUUUCUCUUUCCAUUGUCCUGGUGUAAAUACUGAUUACUAACCAAGCCUCCUCCCAGUUUUCACUGUCAGACAUACCGGUGUUCAAUAAAACAAAAUUGUUGUUUAAAAA